AUUGAAGCUUAAGCUUCUUGAAAUUUCUCUGUUUUUUGUGAUUCUAUGUUUCACAAACGUGAUAGCAGAGCAACACAGAAAAACUUACAUAAUCCACAUGGACAAGACUAACAUGUCGGAGAGCUUCACCGACCAUCUCCAAUGGUAUGAUUCAUUGUUGAAAUCUGCUUUAGACUCUGCAUCCAUGCUUUACAUUUACAGCAAUGCAAUCCAUGGCUACUCCACGAGUGCGGCAUUCCCUAUGUUUGAGUUGGCAAGUGGUGUGAUUGUCGGUGUGCUGGACACUGGUGUUUGGCCGGAGCUAGAGAGUUUCAAUGACGAAGGGCUUGGGCCAGCACCGAAAAAGUGGAAAGGCGAAUGUGAAGUGGGAAAGACCUUCAAAUCAUCCAGUUGCAAUAAGAAACUGAUUGGUGCGAGGUAUUCUUCAAAAGGGUAUAAAGGAGCCGUCGGACCUAUUAACGAAACUGUCGAAUCAAAAUCGCCUAGAGAUGACGAUGGACAUGGAAGUCACACCUCAACAACGGUAGCUAGAUCGGCUGUUUUUGAUGCUAGCUUAUUUGCCGCCAUGGACAUGGCAAUCCAAGACGGCAUGGAUAUCAUGUCCUUGUCCCUUGGUGGAGGAGUAUCAAAGUAUUACAAGGGCAUCAUCGCUAUCGGAGCAUUCUCGACGAUGACACACGGAAUUCUUAUAUCUUGCUCAGCUGGAAAUGGUGGGCCUUACUCAAGUAGUUUGUCUAAUGUUGCACCAUGGAUAACUACAGUAGGUGCCGGACCUUUGGACCGUGAUUUCCCUGUCUCUGUUACUCUAGGAGACGACCAAAAAUAUUCGGGUGUCUCACUUUACAAUGGAAAGACAAUAUCGAAUUCCAUGGUGCCAAUUGUUUAUGCCACCAACGUGAGUAGUUCAAGCAGCGGCAGCUUUUGCUUCCUUGGAACCUUGAUUCCCACUAAAGUUGUUGGAAAAAUCGUGGUAUGUGAUCGAGGAGGCUCAAGGGUGAGGAAGGGAUUUGUUGUGAAGGAGGCUGGCGGAGUUGGGAUGAUUUUAGCAAACACAAAAUUUUUCGAGGAAGAGCUUCCAUCUCCGGUGGUGGUAGCAUUCAGUUCAAGAGGUCCAAACCCAAUCACAUUAGAGGUACUUAUAUCGGACAUUAUUGCACCGGGAGUCGAAAUAUUGGCUGGGUGGUCUGGGGCCAUUGCUCCAAGUGAAUUGGAAGAGGACAAAAGGCGGGUAAAGUUCAAUAUCAUUUUAGGCACAUUAAUGUCUUGCCCACAUGUAAGUGAGAUAGCCGCUCUCCUCAAGGCUGCCCAUCCGAAGUGGAGUCUAGCAGCCAUUAGAUUUGCCCUCAUGACCACUGCCUACUCAGCAUACAAAAAUGGCAAAAGCAUCCAAGAUGUUGCCACCAGACAACCAACGACACCAUUCGCUUACAGUGUAGGGCAUGUGGAUCCGGUAGAAGCCUUUGAUCCUGGCCUUAUUUAUGACACCACUGUUGAUGACUAUCUUGACUUCCUUUGUGACGUGGGCUACACAUCAAGUCAAAUCAAUGCUUCAGGAAAGAAGGGUGGUACUAGUGUCACAAGCAUAUUGAAAUAUUCUAUAACUCUGACUAAUGUAGGUUCACCUGGAACAUAUGAGGUUUCAGUGGUUUCACAGACAAAAGCAGUGAGGAUCUUGGUUGAACCAGCAUUGUUGAGUUUCAGUAAAAAAUACGAGAAGAAGAGCUAUACCGUAACUUUCACUGCUGGUUCCAUGCGAUCUGGAACAGCCAGCUUUGCUAGUCUGGUAUGGUCAGAUGGGAAACACACUAUAAGUAGCCUGAUGGCUUUCACUUGGAAAUGAUAGUGAUGGCAAUUGGAAUAGGUCAACAGCUGAUGACUCUCCAAAUACUGAGACUGUAAAGAAGUCUUAUUAUUAUUAUUAUCAUCAUUUUAUUUUUUAUUGUACUCUUUUCUCUUCACAAAGGAGCAACCGUGCAACCAAAGCUAGUCGUGUGUGUAACAAAACGUACUCCUCCAA